UUCGCUGCUGCCGCCGCUCCGCGCUGCCAUCGGACACGCUCCCGGCGCUCCCGCAGCAGCGCUGCUCCGCCGGGAGAGCCGCCAGCCUCUGGAUUACACCCAGCGGGGCACCGCGCUCUCGGCUGCCCGCGGGCCGAGACAGCUCCCUACAGCUUCACCUGACGGCGUUUUCCUGAGAGCUCGGCGUGGUGAGUGCCGCUGCGGGCGGUCUGUCUCAUUGUUUCACCCACGAGCAGCGGUCCUGUGCCAUCGGGACACGGCGACAGUAACGCGUGUGUGAGCGCCUGGCAUUAACCUCGGCGUGGGGUACGGAAUCCGCGCCCACACAGUUUGAGUUCAUUCUACAACAUAAGAUUGUUUGCAUCAGAUAUAAAAUGACAAAAAUCUGGAUCACAUUUUUGCUGCUAUUCUUAUUGGUUAUUAUGUUCUUUGCCAGUGCAACUCCAGCUGAGGGACAUCAGAACACCUCAAUGGACUUUGCCCAGCUGAGUGUUACACGGAAUAAAAUCAUGACAGCACAGUAUGAAUGCUACCAGAAGAUUAUGCAAGACCCUAUUCACAAGAAAGAAGGUCCUUACUGCAACAGGACCUGGGAUGGCUGGUUGUGCUGGAGUGAUGUUGCUGCCGGAACAGUGUCGGUGCAGCGCUGUCCUGACUACUUUCAGGAUUUCAACCCAUCAGAAAAAGUUACAAAGAUCUGUGAUCCAAAUGGGAAUUGGUUCAGACACCCAGAAAGCAACAGGACGUGGACAAACUACACCCAGUGCAAUAUCUACACACAUGAAAAAGUGAAGACUGCUCUGAACUUGUAUUACUUGGCCAUCAUCGGACACGGUCUUUCAAUUGCAUCACUUCUGAUUUCUCUUGGCAUAUUCUUUUAUUUUAAGAGCUUGAGUUGCCAAAGGAUUACCCUGCAUAAAAAUCUGUUUUUCUCUUUUGUUUGCAACUCUGUUGUAACAAUAAUUUCACUGACAGCCGUCGCCAACAACCAGGAAUUAGUUGCAACUAACCCAGUUAGUUGCAAAGUGUCACAGUUCAUCUACCUGUACCUGAUGGGUUGCAACUACUUUUGGAUGCUGUGUGAAGGCAUUUACCUGCACACUCUGAUUGUGGUGGCUGUUUUUGCUGAGAAGCAGCACUUGAUGUGGUAUUACCUUCUUGGCUGGGGUUUUCCACUGAUCCCUGCCUGCAUACAUGCCAUUGCAAGAAGUUUAUAUUACAAUGACAAUUGUUGGAUCAGCUCUGAUACUCAUCUGCUUUACAUCAUCCAUGGCCCUAUUUGUGCUGCUCUCUUGGUGAACCUUUUCUUCCUGCUGAAUAUCGUUCGUGUUCUCAUAACCAAGCUGAAAGACACCCACAAGGCUGAGUCCAACCUGUACAUGAAAGCAGUGAGAGCCACCCUGAUUCUUGUCCCACUCCUUGGCAUUGAGUUUGUGCUGUUCCCAUGGCGACCCGAGGGCCGGAUCGCUGAGGAGGUGUAUGACUAUGUGAUGCACAUCCUCAUGCACUACCAGGGCCUACUGGUGGCUACGAUUUUCUGCUUCUUUAAUGGCGAGGUGCAGGCUGUCCUGAGAAGGCACUGGAACCAGUACAAGAUCCAGUUUGAGCACAGCUUCAGCCACUCGGACGCCAUGCGCACGGCCUCCUACACCGUGUCCACCAUCAGCGACGUGCAGGGCUACGGCUACAGCCACGACUGCGCCAGCGAGCACCUCAAUGGCAAGGGCUACCACGACAUGGACAGCGUGGCACUAAAGACUGAGAAACUCUACGGCUGAGGAGCUGCCCUGGGCCCCGUGCCCACGGCAAUCCACGGCUGGUUCAGUGACCUCAUGGCCAGAACAUCUUACCUACCUUGGGAUAUGUUAUUCUCCUGAAUGAUGCAAACUAAACCAACACGCUUCUCAUACAUAUAUGUGUGUGUUUGUGUGUGUAGCUACACACACAUAUGCAUAUGUAUGUUUGUGUUUCUGUGUAUCUAUACAGUAUGGACUUCUGUACAUAUGUAUCUAUAUAUGUAUGUGCAUUUAUAUAAGGAUACAAACUUUGCCUCUUCAGUUUCUACUGUGUAGACAAAGUUGGCAAAUAUUUGUACAAAGGGAAUCAAUGAAGGAUUUCUUAUUUUCUUGGAAGUUUGUGUAAGACUGUGCUGUGUUGAAGCCACUUCCUUUGCCUAUGGAAUCUUAGAGUGUAAAUACCAUACUCUGUUGUCUUAAUUCAACCUGAAAUAGAACAAAGCAAAAUGGUUUAAAUAGGUGCAAUAAUAGGAAGUUUUCCAGGUUAUUUUUUUGGCAUUCAUUUUUUUGGCUUUCAAAAAAGCCUGACAGGUAAUCUAGGUAACAGAUUCAAAGACAGAUACUGCUGUUUUGUUUAAAGAGAUUAAUGUUUUACUUUGGUUUGGCCAGUUCAUUUUCUUCCCACUGUUUUACAUCAAGCACAGAGACACCACUUCAGUGUGAGCCUUGAUGUACUUCUGUACCGCAGUGUAAUAUCUUGCACCAAGAUUUGAGCAAUUUUAUUUCAGCUAUUUCAGGAUAUUCAGAAGUGUCUCCUUCUCCUGAAUUGCAUGGAAGUUUCUUCUGGAUUUAAGAAAGACAAGACUGAUGAGGCCCCCCCUGUCAGAGAGCAAAGGAGUAACCUGAGUCACUGUAAGUCCCUCCAGACACUCAUAGUAACUGCAGCUGGUGGAACUUCACUGUGUGCUUAAGGAAUUUACUCAACUGGAGAAGAUCAUGUACAGAAUUUGUUGUAGCAUUGUUCUGAUUUUACUUUUACCUUUUUUCCCUGGCCAUAUGCUUCAUAACUUGUUCCUUCAUUCUUGGGGCAAAGUUUUGGUUCAUUUUGUGGCUGUUUUUGUUGUCUGAGAUGAGCGUGCAAGACUGAACACAGUGCACAUGAUAUACUACCUUUAAAGCCAGUAUAUGAGACUCAGACUAAUCAAGCAAACUAAUGUUAGUAAUUCUCAUUAUUUGGAGAAUCCAGUAUUAAGUUUGUAUUAUAAAGGUUCAAAACUUCAUGGAUUGAGAAUUUCAGCAUUAUUUUGGAUUGGUUGAUUCUGAAUCUCUGUCUCAUUUAAUUGGUUAAGAACAGUACUUUAUAUGUUGUUUCUUUGGUUCUGCUGGUGCAUAAAGGUCUCAUGGAAAACUAUGAAGUUGUCAGGAAGGUCUUGAGAAAAUGUGUCUUUCUAGAAAUUUAUGUUUUUGUUAAAUCUUUAUGCUUUAAAGAAAUAGUAGUUUUGUUAAGUGGAAUGACAAAAAUGCUCAAGAAUGAGGGCAUGAAACAAGGUGAGUUCACUGAAAAUUAAAAAUGUAAGAAAAAAUUGUAUACAUUGCAUUUGCAGAUAAGUCUACUUCAGAAGGGGAAAAAACAAAAUCAGGCAGAAGAAAAGUCCAUGCUGGAACUGUGACAGACUGUUUGGCUAAUGAACAUAUUUCUCAUGUAUGUAGUCCAGUCAAAAUUUGGAAGACAGUUCUUUCUGAGACCAGUUUGAAAUAAUUUUGCAUACAAUAUUAUUGUAUACAAAAUACCUUGAUUUUGACAUUCAAACGUUUUUGUCAGUAGCUUUUCUCUACACUUCUUUAGUGUCUAGGUAAUUUUCAGUGUUUAUUACUUUGUGAGUUCAUAAGGCAUUAAAUGCUUUGUACUUAGAAAACAUUAGGAGGAAUGUGGCGAGUUCAUGCCACUUGCACCUUUCUUUAGGUUUUUUUUUUACAGUUCUUAUGUCUGGAGUUUGAAUAGAGAAAGUGUUUUAUUAAUGAUUUAGUUUCACAAUAUAGAAUCCCAGCUAGGAUGCACAAAUAAAGACUUCUCUUCUGCAGGACUUUCUGGUCAGUGGAUGGGAAUGAUCUGAAGAAUCUCUUGGAUUGUGUAGUGUGGACUACACUGCACUCUGAGAUCUGGCAAUCAGAUGUCACAGUCUCUUAAAUUUUAAGAGUGAAAGAAUAAUGUCUGCUACAACAUGACUAUAGGUUACAGCUCUGCUUGCUGAUCUUUGUAGUGUUACUGAAAAUCUGUGCAAUGUUCUGAAGAUACCAGUGGUGCAGAAAAUCCCUGCUCCAGCGUAGCAGCUUUCCAUUUGUGGGACCAGAUCAUCAGCUGGUAUAAAUCUGUCUUGAGUUCCCUUUGCAGAAUCUGCAGGUACCACUGAGACUCAAAGCCCAGACAGGUGUCCAUUUUGACAUGCUGUAAGCCCUUUAUGGGAUAUUAUUAGACAAUUAUUUCAUGGUACCUGGUGGAUUGUUGUUGCAAUUAACACAUAGAUGUUGGUCUAGAGUGCGAUACAGUAUUAGAUUUUAAUUAAGCUUCAUUUUCUGAGAGGCAGUCCAAAUUUAACAGACUAGGGAUUUUGUCAUACUUCAAUGCAUACUUCUAAUUGCUCUCUGUCCUCUAUUAGAGAAACUCUUAAUGGUAAUUUAGGAGGGAAAAUUGUUUUUAUAGAGAAAUUAUCCUACUUCUAGGUGGACAAUCACAGCUUCCUUCUAGGCAGACACACCCCCAUCUUCACUUUUGAAAAGAAACACAUCCAGCUGGAUGUGCAAGAAAAUCUUUCUGGCUCUGAAGAGUCACAUGGUAUAGGCAGAGAUAUAUUUCCCCUCUCCUGCUGAGGAUAGAUAAUCUGUUUUCUAAUUUCCAUUGGAAAAUACCAGUUCCUUAUUUUGUCUUCCUACCUCACCUUUUUUCAGUUUCUACAUAGCUAAGAGAAGGGUCUGCUUCUUAAAAUGUGUUCCUGCCACCGUAAGUUAAAAUCAAAUCCUUAUGCUGAUUUCUCAUGGCUCUUUUCUACUUUAGAGAAUGUUGUAGUCCAUAGCUGUAUUCUCUGGGAUGGAGGUAAACUCUCUUUUGGUGGGGCUGUGAGAUUCCUUUGAACAUGCACAUUAUUAUUUGUUUAUUACCUGUUAUUAUUUGCUGUUACAUUUUUUUUUUAAUUGAGGAGUUAUUGUAUCAAUCUACAGGGGCUGCAGCAAUAGUUGUCUUAUGUUUGUUAUCUGUAACACCAGCAUGUUAUGAUUGAAUGAGAGAAAAUGUCUAUUUUUAAUGCUACUGUCUUCAUUUAAUAAAUCGCUGCAUUGCAGGGUCCCUCAGUUGGUUGUUUAAUGUUGACAUUUACGUUAUGCAGUUUUUCAUGGUGGUGAUCUACAAGAGUAUUUGGCUGUAGAAAUGCUGCAACAUGUACUCCUUAUUGAUGUCAAGAAACAUUUGGGCUGGCAACCAGGUAACAUUCAUUUAUUGUACUAUGUAAAUAAGAUUAAUAGAAGCUAUGGCAUUGUAUUUAUUGCUUACACUAAGAACAAAAUGGAAAAAAUGUGAAGUUAUUUUUUUGGUUGUUCAUUUUCACCUUGUUCAUAUGAAUCAUGCAUUUUAAUUGCUGAGAGAAGUUUCUGAUCAAUAAAAUAUUACUCCAUUUAUUCAU